CCUGAAAGCUCUGAGUGUUGAGUGACGUGUGCAAAGGUAGGACCACAGUGGUCCUGGAGUGUGGCAUUUCUUCCCUCCUUCUGGGGAGCAGCACAGCACCCCACAAGAUGAGCAGCGUCUGUUUGGUGUUUUUGAGACUGGUCUCAAGUUCCCUAAGUAGUCAAGGAUGGCCUUGAUCCUCCUGAACGAUCCUCCGAAGAACUGGGAUUGUAGAUUCAGGCCACCAUAACCUCUCUGGGGGUGCUUGUUUUACUUUUGUAUCUUGUUUUCAUUUUGAGGUUCUCACUAAAUUACUCAGGUUGGCCUUGAACUCAUUUGGUAGCCCAUAUAGGCUUUCUCUUAAGCAGCUUAAUUCUACAGGCCUGUACCACCUGACUCAGUGUGGGCUUUUUGUGGGGGUGUUUUCUUCGUCAGGUCCUGGCCCUCCUCAUGAGCCAAAGAAGGGAAGGAAAGCCGAUGGGACGGAGAAGGUGCGUCCGACCUGCAGCUUCUCUUCAAGUGUGCAGUUAAUCAAUUUUGAACAAGCCAAAGCCUUGUCUCAGACUUCCCUCCCUUGUAGAUGCCAUCCAUUCCAAAGAUGGAGGAGCUCAGGGUAAAGUUAGAUUUCAGUCCUUGUGCCUAUUCUCUUGGUCAGAGCUGGCAGGACCCUUUCGCUGGCCACAAGGGGUCAGUAUCGGAUAGAGGGACCUUCAGUCUGGGGUCCUCAUCAAUUGUGGCAAGGGCCUGUCCCAGGGCCUUUGCGCAUCGCCUGCUCUGUAGGGCUACUCUCGCGUCUUGGGAUGCGGCCCAGAGAGGGUUAAGGGGGCGGGACGUGGGACAGCCCCGCCUCUGCCGCUAGGUCCGAGGGCCACUGGGCUUGGGCGUGGGGCGGUUUGGAGCGGGUGGCGGCUGGGGGCCUUGCGCUGGGCGAGCGCGGCAGCGGCUGGGGUGGCGCGGCCCGCGUGACCCUCCGCCGCGCCCCGUGCGCUCGGGAGCCCGCGCCCCGUUGCGCUGGGCCAGCCACAGGAUGCGCGCUCCGCCGCUGCUGCUGCUGCUGGCCGCCUGCUCGCCGCCCUCAGGCGCCUCUGUGGUCCCGACGCCGCCGGGCUGGGAACCGGCCUCCGACGCGCCCUGGUGCCCCUACAAGGUGCUGUCCGAGGGCCCCGAAGGCAGUGGGCGCCUAUGCUUUCGCAGCCCCGCUCGGGGUUUCCGCUGCCAGGCGCCGGGCUGCGUGACGCUGGUCUCGGCGGGUGGUUCGCUGCGCGCCCACGUCCUGCGCAACGGCAGCGUCCUGCUGCAGUGGCGCCUGGCUCCGGCUGAGGCGCGCCGCGUGCGAGUCUUCGCGCUGAAUUGCUCGUGGCGUGGCACCUACACACGCUUCCCGUGCGAUCGCGUGCUGUUGGGCGCCUCCUGCCGCGACUACCUGCUGCCCGAUGUGCACGAUAGCGUGCGUUACCGCUUGUGCCUGCAGCCGCUGCCGCUGCGCGCGGAGCUCGCCGACGCCCAGCCAGAGCUCGCUGAGUGCGUGGAGUUCACCGCCGAACCGGCAGCUAUGCAGGAGAUCGUGGUGGCCAUGACUGCUGUGGGCGGCUCCAUCUGUGUCAUGCUGGUGGUCAUCUGCCUGCUGGUGGCCUACAUCACCGAGAACCUCAUGCACCCGACUUUCCGGCGACCCAGUCUGCGCAGGCAAUCCUGAAGCGCAAAGCGACCUGCCCACCUGGGUUCCACCUGCCCAAAUGUGCUGAGACCGUAGGCCCUUUCCCUGCUUCCCUCUCGUCCCUUCUCCCUCUUUACGAUGCCCGUGGAGGGCCUAAUGGAGACUAGCCCAUGCAGGGACCUUGUCAUCAUCCCACGACCUUGCCAGCCCCAGCUGGGUGUCUUCCAGACUCAGGCCUCAGACUGGCCAUAGGCGCCAGGCUAGCGUGUCAGCCGCAUCCAGGGGUCUUCCCCAUCUCUAGAGGCCUUUUAGGGCCGGCCAGGAUCAUCAACCUGAACUUUCGUCCUGUGCCAGGUUGUCAGAGCUUGGCCAUGAUCAUUGCUUGGUCACUUUGUGCUUUGCAGAUGGGGAGGAGUGACCUCUGGAUCCUGUACCCACCCCACCUUACCCAGUGGGCUUAGGUUAGCUUUGUGCCUUAGUUUCUCUGGCCCACUGCAGGAGCCACUCAUCAUCCCUCAGCUGUCCAUGGGGAUUUGUGGCCCUGUGACUGGCUGGCUUAUGCAUGCUUCUGGCCAGAGUCCUAUUGAGGACACACCAUCCUUGAGAUUUUCAGGAGCCUGGGGCAGGUGUUCACAGGCCCUGUUUUGUCUUCCUAUGUGGGUGUCCAGGAAGCCAAGAGCCAUGAUGUAGCUCAGCAGGCUGGGCCCAACGUCCAGCUGCUGCAUCCAGGGGUGAGUGUCCUCCACCUUAGGAGGCUGGGGAUUCACCCUCUCCUUUUACUGUACUGCCUUGAUUAGGACUUUCCGUGUGUGUGUGUGUGUGUGUGUGUGUGUGUGUGUGUGUGUGUGUGUGUGUGUGUGUGUGUAGGGGUUGGGGGGGGGUGGGAGGACAGCUGAAGGGAUCAUGAGGGCUGAAGGAAAGCUGCCAGCCCUGUCCAGCCAGAUCCCAAGCUUCAACCAAGUUGAGACCACAGUGGUCACAGAGCUACUUCACUACCCCCUGUCCUUCUUAUACUAGCGGAUGGAGAGCCUGAGAUCUGACCCCAGGGAUAUUGCCCCUCCAUCUGCAUGGGCAGAGGUUGGCUUUGCCUACCUCCUGGCAGACACAGGCACCUGGCUGAGGUUACCCAGACAUCUGGUGAUAUUGGGCACAGGGAACAAUAAGGCAUUGCCCAUCUCUGAGCCUGGGCUCUGACCACUGGACUUGACCCUGGCUCUUUUCCCUCCCACCCUCACCCCAGCAACCAUCUGAUGACCUGAGCCCUGGCUGGCAGCACUUGUGCCCAACCUCUCUGUCUUUGCUCUGCCCGCUCCCUCUGAGGCACUGGUCAGUUGCCAACAUCUAAAUGUCCAUCACUCAGACCAAAAA